CUCAUUGUUUUGUCUGUCACUGUCAAACUGUCACUCGCAUGUGGUCGAUUCGAUUGUCUUUUGUUACUUGCUUCGUACGUGUUUGAAUUUGUAGAAUUGUACUCGAUUUAUAAUAUCUUACCAUGGUGAACAUUAGCGAGGACGCAAUAAAAAAUAUUGGGAAAGUCCUGAACGACCCGUCCAGGCCUAUGAAGGAGCGUUUCAGGGCACUUUUCACGUUAAGAAACUUGGGUGGAGAAGCUGCCAUUCAGUGUAUUAGUGAAUGCUUUACUGAUGAAUCAGUGUUGUUGAAACAUGAACUAGCGUACUGCUUGGGUCAAAUGCAAGAUAAAAGAGCUAUCCCGAUCCUGAGGAGCGUGUUAGAAGACAAGGAGCAAGACCCUAUCGUGCGACAUGAGGCCGGUGAAGCCCUAGGUGCAAUCGGAGACCCUAACCUUCGUGAAAUCCUGGAAAAGUAUCAGAAUGACCCAGCGGUGGAGGUAGCAGAGACCUGUCAGAUAGCACUGCAAAGACUCAACUGGGUGGCCAAUGACAGCACAAAUGAACAGAAUCUGUCCAAAAGUCUUUACACUUCAGUAGACCCUGCCCCUCCGAGCUCAGACAGUGACAUAGAGAGCCUAAGAAAAACUCUAAUGGAUGAAACUAAAACACUCUUUGAUAGGUACAGAGCUAUGUUCAGUUUGAGGAACUUGGGUACAACUGAAAGUAUUAAUGCAUUGGGUGAAGGAUUGAAAGCAAGUAGUGCCCUGUUCAGGCAUGAGGUAGCCUUCAUCUUCGGCCAGAUGCAGGAUGAACGUAGCGUACCAUUCCUGAAGGCAACAUUGGAGGAUAUUGCCGAGCAUGAGAUGGUUCGCCAUGAGGCUGCAGAGGCACUGGGGUCUAUUGCCACUGAUGAGUGCAUCGAGGUUUUGAAAAGGUACUUAGACGACUCUCGCCGUGUGGUUCGUGAAAGCUGCGAGGUGGCUCUGGACAUGUCAGAAUAUGAGAACAGCCCGGAGUUCCAGUACGCUAACACUUUGCUCACAGUUCAAUCUUGAACGUGAAAUAGCUUAGUUACAUAGUGUAAGUCACUUUUCACACGUAUACUAUUAUCGCAAGCCAUCUACGCACAACAUUGGGGGCCGUUUGCCACUUACCAGAAUUUUUAAAGUUUAUAUGGAUGCCAGGCCUCGCAACACAGCAACCUUGCCGCGGCCUGAGGCCUUGACCAAUAGCCGUACGAUGUAUAUCCAUGUAGAUAGCAUUCGCUGUGUCUAUUGAUUGAAACCCGCGAUAUGAUUCGCGCCGCACGCAGCGCGGUUGCCACGCAGAGUUUGCUGUGAUUUAUUUUAUAUUUCAUUUUAUUCCUUCGAUACGAAAUUCCAAACUUAGAAUUCCCAAUGCCCAAUGGUUCAAAAUGAGCUUAUAGACAAUAAAUUUUAAAAAUGCUUACGUUGACAGUUAUGACCGGAAUCAUACAAGGGUUUUUAAACAUACAUUCGAUCAUAAUAUGAACGUUUUUACAGCGCAUUUAUGUUCGUGUUCGUUAUUGAAUCCGUAAUACAUUGUAGUGCAUAAGUGCAGCUCAAAAUACGGCAUUCCUGAGAAAAUGUCAGUUGACUCCUCAUUUCUUCAGCACAUGCAUUGAUAAUUAACAAAUACAGGGAAUUUGAUGGGCUUGAACGUCGAUUAGCCAUUGUGUGCAACGAAUGUUGUUGUUUUGGUAGAUGUUAUGCUGUUGUGAAUGGGGUUUUGUUAUACGAAGUCUAAGCAAUAGUGUAUGUGUGAAAAGGCUGUAAUGAAUUUACAGUAAGAGCGUUUUUCCAGAGAAAUAAAAAGAGAAUAUUUUCAUUUGAAAAACGUUUUAAGGUUUUAUGUAUCUUCGACACUUUAUUAGAAGCUAUACCUAAAUUAUUUUUUAUUGUAUAUUGAUUUCAUUGUACUUGUCUAAUAGCAAUACUUGUUUGUAUAACGACCAAUUUUUACAACGCGAAUACAAACUUGGCUAUUUUUAUUUAAAGUUAUACCCAGUAUUUUUGUAAAUAAAUGUUAUCGCCCAUUA